AUGUCGCCGGUGCGGGCGGUGCUGGCGCUGCUGGCCGCGCUGGCGGCCCCGGCUGCUGCCUACUUCGUCAGCAUCGACGCGCACGCUGAGGAGUGCUUCCUUGAGCGGGUGCCGUCCGGCACGAAGAUGGGGCUCAUCUUCGAGGUGGCGGAGGGGGGCUUUCUAGACAUCGACGUGGAGAUUACAGGCCCUGAUAAUAAAGGAAUUUAUAAAGGUGAUCGAGAGUCCAGUGGAAAAUACACAUUUGCUGCCCACAUGGAUGGAACUUACAAGUUUUGCUUUAGCAACAGAAUGUCCACCAUGACUCCCAAGAUAGUGAUGUUCACUAUUGAUAUCGGGGAAGCUCCGAAGGGGCAAGACAUGGAGACAGAAGGUGGUGGAGAUACCUGGGAUGCUCAUCAGAACAAGCUAGAAGAAAUGAUCAAUGAGCUAGCAGUGGCCAUGACAGCUGUAAAGCAUGAACAGGAGUACAUGGAAGUUCGUGAAAGAAUACAUAGAGCAAUUAAUGACAACACAAACAGCAGAGUGGUUCUUUGGUCAUUCUUUGAAGCUCUUGUACUAGUUGCCAUGACACUGGGACAAAUCUACUAUCUGAAGAGGUUUUUUGAAGUCCGAAGGGUGGUUUAAGAAUACUUUUCUGGUCCCGGAUUUCAGUUCACUGUCUACCAAACAUCCUGGUCACAAAAAAAAAAAAAGUCAUUUAGUUUCUGAACCCUCUUUACUGAACUGUAAAACUUAUUUGCUUCUGUUCCUUCCUAGUUACAAAAUGAAUUGUUUUUAUAUAUCUUCUGUAGCAAAAGCUGUGCUGAAAUCUUGUCACUUAAUUGGCAUAACUCUUUUCACUUAAAUCUGCCUAGUCUGUAUGCUAAGCGAGGUCCAAGCAAGCUGCAAAUGCUGUAACUCAGCUGUAGUAACAAGCAAUGUUGAUGUCUCUCUUUUUUUUUUUUUUUUUUUUCCCCCCUGUUUUCAUAAAUACUUGCAGUUCUGUCUAGGGAAACGGUACAAAGCCCUAACAUAUGACUGUUUGCGAUUUUGACAUCUUUAGCCCUGCAGUGGGUAUUAAAAAAGUGAAAUAAUCCCUUCUUCACUUCUGUAAACUGCCAAGCAGAAGUGAUUGGAACUUUAUGCUGAUAAUGAACAGAAGACAGCUGACCACUUCCACUCUAGUACUCACACCUAGUUGCUAUUUAAAAGGAAGUCUUCAGUAACUCUAACUUGCAUCAACUUAUUCCCAAAGCUCUUUUAAAUUAACCAGCUGAUAGGAAAAAAAGUUUUCUCCUCAUCACUGAAUGUUUUUAGUCUUUCACAGGUUUUCUAUCAGAGCCAAUUGUGUGCAGUGUCUUGCAAACCGUAGUUAACCCUUUGGUUUCUGCAGGUCCAAAGCUCAGACUGUUGGCGCUGCUGCAGAACGCAAUUAGUGCUCAGGAAACCUGGACUCCUGAUGCCAAAGGGUUAAUGAAUCUGGGGGUUUAUUGCAAUGCUAUGCAGCCCUUGUAUUUAAGUUAAGUGGCAGUUUCUGCCAUUACCUGAUCAUAAUUAGCAUAAUGCUAAAUACCAGCGUGGUUUCUUUUUUUCAGGCACAUGUAGAUUUGCUUUUGUAUAAAGUUCCUUUCCUCAGUAUCUGAUGAUUGGUUUAAAAAUUAAAGAAGCGUCUGAUGUGGGUGCUGAGCCAGGAUUAUGUUGUGACUGAUGUACAUUAGUUGUAAUCAU